CGGAACGAACCCGUCUGUAGCUCUUAUAGCUGGAAGGAAGACUUAUUGGGAACACCGGAAGCGCGCUCUCGACGGAGAUUGCCGGGGAACAUGCCUAAGUUUUACUGUGAUUACUGUGACACCUACCUCACCCAUGAUUCGCCGUCAGUGAGGAAGACCCACUGCAGUGGUCGAAAGCACAAGGAAAAUGUGAAAGACUACUACCAGAAGUGGAUGGAGGAGCAGGCUCAGAGCCUCAUCGAUAAAACGACGGCUGCAUUUCAACAGGGGAAGAUUCCGCCCACACCGUUCCCUGGCGGUCCUCCCCCAGGUGGUCCUCCUCGUCCAGGCAUGCUACCAACGCCCCCUAUGGGAGGUCCUCCUAUGAUGCCCAUGAUGGGGCCCCCCCCACAUGGAAUGAUGCCCGGUGGACCCGGAGGCAUGAGGCCGCCGAUGGGAGGACCCAUGCAGAUGAUGCCGGGACCGCCACACAUGAUGCGUCACCCUCGGCCGAUGAUGAUGCCAGUGAGGCCGGGCAUGAUGCGGCCGGACAGAUAAGAGCGGCGUGUCGCUCUCCGCUCUCUGAUGCCGCCAACAGACUCUGUCCAGUGAGGACUCUCGGCUUAACACGUGGACUUCUCAUUGUGUUAAAAUGGAUUUUACAGCCCCGUUUUAAAGACAUUUUAUUUCAAUCAAACGUCCUGUCGUGUAAGUGUGGAGUCUGAAAUAUCUCGUCUCACUUCGUCAAAGCUGUUCAGCGCACAUUUAAAGAGCGUGUUCGAUGUGACUUCUUUUGGUAUAUUUUUACUUUUUGUUUUAGGGUUUUUACAUAUUUUUGUUAUCGUUCACUGCAAUGCUUUGAGAAAUAAAACAGUGAUUUCAAACCUG